CCAAAACACCGUGUUGGAGCGAACUCCGACGUCCACUUGCCUAUACAGGCAAUCUUUAGUUUUGGCGCCUCCACCAGUAAAUCGCGACGGACGCAUAACUUUGAUGGGGACUUUGAUCGAAGGGCGGGAAAAUGCCUGUUAUGAAAGGAUUGCUCGCGCCACAAAAUACAUUUUUGGACACCAUAGCGACACGUUUUGACGGGACCCACAGCAACUUCAUCCUGGCCAAUGCGCAGGUGUCUCAGGGCUACCCCAUCGUCUACUGUUCCGAUGGCUUCUGUGAGCUGAGCGGCUUUGUGCGCUCGGAGGUCAUGCAGCAGAGCUGCACCUGCAAGUUUCUCUACGGGCCCGAGACCAGCGACGCCAUCAUCCAGCGCGUCGACACAGCCAUGCAGGAGCGCAGCGAGUUCAAGGAGGAGAUCAUGUUCUACAAGAAAACAGGUGGCUUGUUCUGGUGCCUGCUGGAUAUCGUUCCCAUCAAGAAUGAGAAGGGCGAUGUUGUUCUCUUCCUGGCCUCAUUUAAGGACAUCACUGACAGCAAAGCUAAGUCCCUCCCAGAAGAGAAGAGAGAAGAGCACCACCAGGGGCAGGUGAAGGGCGGGUCCCCCUUCGGUUCGGCACGUCUGCGGAGCAGCACAGUACUGUACCACAUCUCUGGCCACCGCUACAAGAGCAAGAUCAAGCUCAACAAGAAUGUUUUCGGGGACCCCCCUGCCCUUCCGGAGUAUAAGGUCGCCGACGCCAAGAAGUCAAAGUUCAUCCUGUUACACUUCAGUAGCUUCAAGGCGGGCUGGGAUUGGCUCAUUCUGUUAGCAACCUUCUACGUGGCCGUCACUGUCCCCUACAAUGUGUGUUUCAUCGGCGACGAUGACCUCACACGCAGCACCACCGUCAGCGAUAUCGCCGUGGAGAUCCUCUUUAUCAUUGACAUUGUGUUUAGCUUCCGCACAUCCUAUGUGAGUAAGUCUGGCCAGGUGAUCUUCAACGCCCGUCAGAUCUGCUUCCACUACAUGACGACUUGGUUCAUCAUCGACCUGGUGGCAGCUCUCCCUUUCGACCUCCUGUACGCCUUCAAAGUCAGCGUGGUGUCUGUGGUCCACCUGCUGAAAACGGUCCGCUUGCUACGGAUCAUUCGACUCCUGCAGAAAAUGGACCGCUACUCCCAGCACAGCACGGUGGUGCUGACUCUGCUCAUGUCCAUGUUCGCACUGCUUGCCCACUGGAUGGCCUGCAUCUGGUACGUCAUCGGCAAGAAGGAGAUGGAGGCCAACGCACACACGUGGGACAUCGGCUGGCUGCAUGAGCUGGGCAAGCGUCUGGAGGCUCCGUACGACAGCAGUGUAAACAGCACAGUGGGCGUGUCUGGGGGCGGCUCUAGUGGAGGCCCCUCCCUGCGGAGCGUCUACAUCGCCUCGCUCUACUUCACCCUGAGCAGCCUGACCAGUGUGGGCUUCGGCAACGUGUCGGCCAACACCGACGCCGAGAAGAUCUUCUCCAUCUGCACCAUGCUCAUCGGAGCUCUGAUGCAUGCUCUGGUGUUUGGUAACGUGACGGCGAUCAUCCAGAGGAUGUACUCCCGCUGGUCACUGUAUCACACGCGCACCAAAGACCUGAAGGACUUUAUCCGUGUGCACCACCUCCCCCAGCAGCUGAAGCAGCGCAUGCUUGAGUACUUCCAGACCACCUGGUCAGUCAACAAUGGCAUCGACUCCAAUGAGCUGCUGAAGGACUUCCCGGACGAGCUGCGUUCGGACAUCACCAUGCACCUGAAUAAGGAGAUCCUGGAGCUGUCGGUGUUCUCCUCUGCGAGCCGUGGCUGCCUGCGCUCGCUCUCGCUGCACAUCAAGACCACGUUCUGCGCGCCGGGCGAGUACCUGCUGCGGCAGGGCGACGCGCUCCAGGCCCUCUUCUUCGUCUGCUCGGGCUCCAUGGAGGUGCUCAAGGACGGCAUGGUGCUCGCCAUCCUCGGUAAGGGAGACCUGAUCGGUGCUAACAUGAGCAUAGAGGACCGUGUGGUGAAGACCAACGCGGACGUCAAGUCUCUGACCUACUGUGACCUUCAGUGCAUCAACUUGCGAGGGCUGUACGAGGUGCUGGACCUCUACCCAGAGUACUCCCACCGCUUCUGCCAGGACAUCCAGCAGGACCUCACCUACAACCUCAGAGAGGGACACGAGAGCCAUCUCAUAUCGAGAAUAAUGUCCAGUAAGGUCGUAGAUCCACAAGUGGAUGGGCGUGGCAAUGGAGGGGUCAUCCAGUGCUACCAGCCAAUCAGAGAGCAGGGAGACGAAGAGCAGGAAGCUGAGGAGGCGGAGGAGGACGAGGAAGAGACGGUGCUGUUCCUGAGCGACGUGCCCAACAGAAGACACACACACACACGCAGCACACACACGCACACACACACACACAGGACCAGCAAGAGUAUUCACAUUCAGCAGGAGAACAUGAGGAAGCCAGAUCUCUCAAACCUCAGCCCCAGGAUUGUUGACGGGACAGAGGAAAGCAAUAGCACAGAGAGUUCUCCAACAUUCACAUUUUCUGCUGUCCAUGGAGCUGCAAAUGCCACCGCCACAGAUAUGAUUCAGAUCAGUACAGCAGAGUUGGCAGCAAAAGCAGAGGAAACCAGAGGUCAGCUCUGCCAUCUAGACCAAGAGGUCACCUCCCUGGGCCGGGAGGUAGCAGAGCUGAGUCGUGUGAUGAGGAGCCUGGCGUUCCUGAUGGAGUCCCUCCUGACGUCCCCCCACGCCCACUCCACCUGCUCCCCCCACUACUCCCCUCCUCUACCACCCGCCAACACACACCCCUGGACUCCCAGCAUGCCCCUCUUCCCACCCCACCCCACACAGGUGCACCCUGGGACAUCUGCAGGGGGCGAGCAGCUCCUGCCCCCCAGGCUGCAGGACCUCCAGCUGGCGCCCCCUCCGCCACCCCCACCCUUCUCGUCCGCCCCGUCCCCCUGCGGACUCUUGCCCCCGCUGCACCCCUCGCCGCCUUCGCCCGAGAGCUGGCUUCCUGCCCGCAGUCGCUCCCUCAGCCUGGAGACGCCACCGCCUCCGCCACCUCCACACCCCUGCCACCUCAACCCCGGGACCUUCCCCAGGACAGGGCUGCCUUUGCUGGGGGAGAAGCCUCUGGGGUCCCCCCCUCCACCUGGUUGCCUGUAGCCAAAACAACCAAGUCAAGGUGUGGACUGAGCACUCUCUGGAGGACACUACUGUAAAACUGGUUCAAGUGGGAUGGACCCUCUUUCUCUGUCCAGAAAGACCUCCCCUGCCUCUUUAUCUCUGCCCCCCCCCUGUCUCUUUAUCUCUUGACAUUUGAAUCAUUGAGACGUUUGCUUUUCUUUUGUAUUGGACGCAUCUAUAGAGAUGUGGACAAUGGAGAUAUCUCCACAAUGCUCUACCAGCUUUCCUGUUCACCCCGGGCCUAACACGCUGGUGUGUGCUGGGUUGUGGUGGUUGGGGAGGGAGGGGGCGGGGGGUCGUCUCUAUAUGUGUCCAACUGCAUGAAAUCAGAGGCAGACGUAGCCAUAUAGCUCCUAGGUAGAGAAGCUCUCUUGGGUUAUGCUGUAGAUUUUCAUACCCCGCAAAUGUGCAUUGGCACACACAAAUACAAAAAUACACACAAAUGUAGACACACACACACACAGAGCAGUAUGAAGGUCGCAGUGACUUUGUGUGUGUGCAUGCCUGCAGGUCAUGAAGGAGGAUGGCUGAAGUGCUUUUUCAUGCAUUGGCAUGAAGACAUGAUAGAGAGAGAGAGAAAGAGAUUGAUGGGGUAGAGAAGGGGGAAGAGGACAGAAGACAAAAAUGACACACACAAUGGGGCACACAUCUAGGCCUAUGUGGUGUGUGUGUGUGUAGCCCUAGUACUGUAUUAUCUGAAGAGUGUCUCCUAGUCUUCCUGCCUCUCUUUCCUGUUCUCUCCCUCUGUCUCUUUUAUAUUUUUUAUCUAUUUAUUUAUUCAUCUAUCUGUUUUUUUAUUUGUUUGUUUAUUUCCUUCUCCGUCCCCUCCACAUGUUUAGAACGUCUUCCCUUCUCCUCCCUCCCUCUCUGAUUCUGUGAUGACGCCUCAGAGAUCCCCCAUCCCCUGCCGUGAAAAACAUGGAGGUACACACUCCUUCUCUCUCUCUCUCUCUCUCACAUCCAUCUCUCCUCUCUUUCCUGUAGUUUCAAUCUUUCUCUGUUUUCCACCAAGAUACUCUUCACCCCCUUCCCUAUCUUUCCCUCUCUCUAUUUCCCUUCCUUCUCUCUCUUUCUUCUUCCAUCUCUCUCUCUUGUGGUUGGACUCCCAGUAGCCUUGCCUGAUACCAGCAGAUGGAUAAUGAUGGUGUUGAUUUAUUCCUGUCUCAGGCCUUCCCCUUAACUCCCUGUCUUGCAUUCACCACAUUUCCCCUAUUAGUCUCUCUCUCUCUCUCUCUCUCUCUCUCUCUCUCACGGUGCGACAACGGUGUUCAUUUCCCCUCUUACCUCUUCACCUCCUCUUCCCCCAUCCCUCUCUCUCCUCCUCAAGCUCUCUCUAUCCUUGGAUGGUCGCCAUAGAGACCCCCAGAGGUGUUCUAUUUGCCCUCUUACCUUCUUUGCCGCCCCUCGCUUUCUUUCUCCCUCUCACUCUAUCUCUACUUCGCUCCCAUUCUCCCUCCCAUCUCUUUCUCCCCAUCUCCUGCUUACUCCCUCUACUCUCAGUAUCUCUGGAGAGGAAGUGCUGAGGUGUUCAGCUCAUUUGUGGUUCAGUGCCAGUGGUACCCAGCAGGAAGUCCAGGGCUUGUGUCUGCUCCGCCACAUGUCUGUCCAAGCUGUGUUUUAGCCCUGUGUUUUAGCCCUGUGUUUCAGCCCUGUGUUUGAGUCCUGUGUUUUAGCCCUGUUUUUCAGCUCUGUGUUUUAGCCCUGUGUUUCAGCCCUGUGUUUGAGUCCUGUGUUUCAGGGACUUUGCAAGCAGGCCCAGAGGGUUCCCUCCACCAACUUUUAAAAAAGUUGUUUCUUUCCUUGGAGAAAUAUGCAUUUUUUAAAAAGUAUUCUUUAUGAUUGUUUAGCAUCAUUAUGCUUCCGCUGACUCCCUCUCUCUCCAUGCACGCACGCACGCACACACACACACACACACACGCACACACGCACGCACGUACGCAAACACGCACGCACGCAAACACGCACACAAACACACACACACACACACACUAAGAUGAUACUUUGUAAAACAGACAUGAAGUCCCAUUCAGAAACUGCAUUUGGAACAGAUCUUUCACACAUCAUUUAACAUCAUUUGAAUUCAAUGCUUUAUCCAAAGCAGCUUAUAAGUGAGGUGCAGCACAUGAAGAAAUAGCAGAGGGUGAAACUAAAUCAGUGAUAUCAAUAUGACUUGGCUUUGAUUUGGCCCAAAUCCAGCCCUGCUGUAGCCCUAUUUUGGCACUAAUUUAGCUUGGGUCUGGCCCUUGUUUAACCCAGGUCUUUUCAGGAUCCAGUCAAUUUAAUGUGCUUUAUUGACAUGAGAGUCCAGUUUACACUAUUAUCAUCGCAUUGCUCAAAAGAAAAGUAACAGUUAACAGAAAUGAAUAGGCUUAAUAAAGAAUGAACUAAAUGGACCAAAGGCCAAAACAAACAAAAGCAUCUGUUCCAGAAUCAGUGUCUGUGUGGGACUCUCUAGGGGGCCCGUGGGGGGUCUGAUCCCUGUCACAGCAGACCAGUGCUGCUCUCUGCAUGGCCGAACACGCUUCAGUCCUGUGGCUGCUAGUCAGUCCUGCAGGUGGUUCUCACAGAGGGCUUGGGGCAACCACCUGCCCGUGCGGCCCAGCUGCCAGAGCUCCACAUCGGUGGUGCCAUGCUCAAACAGUUUGGGCCAUUUCUUACAUGUGAAAAAAGCCAACCUUUAAUUUGUAUGACAUGGAGCUAUUUUGCUCAGUGCUUUGAAUCCAAAUGUUAUUUAUUUAUAUGAGUUGAAAAUAUUAUAUUUAAAAUAUGUAUUUGCCUAUUAAAUAAUUGGCUAUACUUAUAUAUUUAGCUGAAAUAUACACAGUACACAAUAGUACACACUGUAUCUAAGGUCAUUAGCUUGGCCAUGAUCUUCUGUAUACCUGUUGUAUAAAGGGGCUAUCAGCAAGUCGGCUGUUGUCACCUGAGCAAACAUGAAUUUGGAUGGUUCACAGCUGACAUGUCACCUAGACUGCCCCUCAUUGGCUGGAUCCCGUCCAAUCAUCAUCUCAUAUCCCCAUCUCUUGCCCUGAGAGCAGGAGUUUGGACCAAUCAAAAAAGGCAAUAUUCCUCCUGUUCAAAGCACAGCCAUUUGUAUCUUUCUAUGAAUGUACUGUACGUAGAGAGCGAUAUAAUCUCCUACAAGAACUCUUUCAAAAGUAUUAUGCAUCCUGGGGGUUGUAUACGUAGGAAGUGUGUAUGUCUUUUUAUAGCCCGAGCUCUCGGACAUGUGGCUGUGAACGUUUGAUUGACAGCUAAGGGGACUGAAAUCUGGACACAGACACUUUCUCCUGGCCUGUUGAUAUCAGUUCGUAGUUGCAACAUGGCCAGAAUGUAGUCUAGUGAUCUGAACAGGAUUCACUUUGAUAUUAUGAACAUAUUAUGCCUGUUAAGCAAAUAAAUAACUCAUUAAAACUUG